GUUGGGGACUGUCCUGGCCAAACUGCUGUGAAACCAUGGCAAAGUGUUGGAGUCCCGCCUGUUUAGUGGCACUAGCACUGCUAGGGUGCUUAGUUGGGCCAGAGGUAGAAGCUCAGGAGUCAACAUGGCUGAUGUCAAAGGGCUCUCCACCUCCUCAGGGACAGCAGGACCCUCAACCUUCACCACCAAAGAUUACUCAAUAUCCUCAAAAUCGUCAAAAUCCACAGAUCCAACUUCCCUCAUCACCGAAGACUCCUGGAAUUCAAUAUCCUCAAAAUCGUCAAAACCCACAGGUCCAACACCCCUCACCACAGAAGACUCCUGGAAUUCAAUAUCCUCAAAAUCGUCAGAGCCCACAGGUCCAACGCCCCUCACCACCGAAGACUCCUGGAAUUCAAUAUCCUCAAAAUCAUCAAAACCCACAGAUCCAACCUUGGAAUGAUCAAUUCUCACAGGACCCUCAAACUUUACCAACAAAGUCUCAAUAUCCUCAAAAUCGUCAAAACCCACAGGUCCAACACCCCUCACCACAGAAGACUCCUGGAAUUCAAUAUCCUCAAAAUCGUCAGAGCCCACAGGUCCAACUCCCCUCACCACCGAAUACUCCUGGAAUUCAAUAUCCUCAAAAUCAUCAAAACCCAAAGAUCCAACCUUGGAAUGAUCAAUUCUCACAGGACCCUCAAACUUCACCACCAAAGUCUCAAUAUCCUCAAAAUCGUCAAAACCCACAGGUCCAUCUCCCUUCACCACCGAAGACUCCUGGAAUUCAAUAUCCUCAAAAUCAUCAAAACCCAAAGAUCCAACCUUGGAAUGAUCAAUUCUCACAGGACCCUCAAACUUCACCACCAAAGUCUCAAUAUCCUCAAAAUCGUCAAAACCCACAGGUCCAUCUCCCUUCACCACCGAAGACUACUGGAAUUCAAUAUCCUCAAAAUCAUCAAAACCCAAAGAUCCAACCUUGGAAUGAUCAAUUCUCACAGGACCCUCAAACUUCACCACCAAAGUCUCAAUAUCCUCAAAAUCGUCAAAACCCACAGGUCCAUCUCCCUUCACCACCGAAGACUCCUGGAAUUCAAUAUCCUCAAAAUCAUCAAAACCCAAAGAUCCAACCUGGGAAUGAUCAAUUCUCACAGGACCCUCAAACUUCACCACCAAAGUCUCAAUAUCCUCAAAAUCGUCAAAACCCACAGGUCGCACUCCCCUCACCACCGAAGACUACUGGAAUUAAAUAUCCUCAAAAUCGUCAAAUCCCACAGGUCCAACUUCCCUCACCACCAAUGACUCCUGGAAUGAAAUAUCCUCAAAAUCGUCAAAACCAACAGUUUUCUCCUCGAGCAUAUGCCAGUUUUCAGUCUUCUCAAAACUCACAGGACCCUCAAACACAGCAACCACAAAAACAAGAGAAACCGGAUCAUCCGUGGAAACCACAGAACCCAAUAAACCCACAGAAAACAGACAUACCAAAUACCAGUGAGCCUAUGCGACCUGAGAGCUGUGAAGUCGAACGCGGCCAGAGAAUUCCGUGUGGACCUUCUGAAAUCUCUUCUGCUGAUUGUCAAAACAUCAACUGUUGCUUUGAUGGCCAACAGUGCUACUAUGGAAAAAUGGUCACUGUCCAAUGCACCAAGGAUGCCCAGUUCAUUGUGGUAGUGGCUAGAGAUGCCACUCUGCCCAACCUUGACCUUGAGUCAAUCUCACUGUUGGGAGAAGGUCAAGGCUGUACUCAUGUUGGCUCUAAUUCAGAGUUUGCCAUUUACCAAUUUCCGGUUACUGGCUGUGGCUCCGUUGUUAUGGAGGCGUCUGACAGUAUAUACUAUGAGAACAGGAUGUCCUCCUCAUAUGAAGUAGGAGUGGGGCCUCUUGGAGCCAUUACAAGAGACAGCCACUUUGAAUUGAUCAUCAGAUGUGUCUACCAUGGCUUUGCUAUUGAAACUGUGAAUGCAGAGGUAUUUCAGAUAUCAACUGAGCCUUUACCAUCUGCUGCUCUGGGACCCAUCUCAGUGCAGCUGAGGUUGGCCAAUGGACAGUGCCAUACAAAGGGUUGUAAUGAAGCCGAUGCGGCCUAUAACUCUUUCUAUACGGAGGCAGACUAUCCUGUGGUCAAAGUACUAAGGCUCUCUGUGUUCGUGGAGGUUCAACUCAUGUAUAUGACAGAUCCCAUGCUUGUCCUGACUCUUGGUCGCUGUUGGACAACCACAAGCCCUAACCCUCACAGUAUGCCCCAAUGGGACCUUCUGAUGGAUGGGUGUCCAUACAGGAAUGAUCGCUACAUGUCCGCACUGGUUCCAGUUGAUUCCUCUUCUGGCCUGCCAUUCCCAAGUCACUACAGGCGUUUCCUUUUCAAAAUGUUUACCUUCGUGGAUUCCAACACAGGAGUUCCGAUGAAGGAGCUGGUGUACAUUCACUGCAGUACAGCUGUGUGCGCUGCUGCACCUGGACGCUCCUGUGAGCCAUCAUGCUCCAGAAAAGCGAGAGAUGUUGGCGCUGUAGACCAGAGGAGGGAAGAGUCACAGGUUGAGCCAAAGGUUGUGGUCUCUGUUGGACCUGUGGAAAUGACUGCUGCUGAGGAGGAGUAAGCAGUGCAGAGUUUCAAGUUCAAGAUUUGAGCUUAGAAAUUGUAGUAAAGCAUUUGGAACAUGAAUUUCAUUGUAUGUGGUGUGAAAUGAAAAUGACAUGUAAGUAAUUGAAAUGUUUGCAAAAACUAGCAAAGACCAAAAAGUGUGUCCCUGGAGGAAUGAACUGGAUCCUCAAAUCAUUGUUGUCAAAUUUUCAUUAAAAAAAAAA